AAGAUUUAGAAUGUUUAAUUGCACGAAGUCUGCCCGUCAUAUCAAAAGCAAGAAUUGCUUGUGAAAUUUAGUUCGCCACAAAGAAGGGAGUACCCUGAGCUCCCUGCAACGGGCGGGCCACAGCUAAGGGAUCGUUAAACUUAUUUCGUUGGGCCAUUUCUUGGCACGUCCUUGCAACAGCGGUGGGCAACCUUGGUCAUUAAGCAGCAGCACAACAAUGCACAAGCUAGACGAAAAUGCACUGUCCCGGAUGUUGUCCACGUAUCGGGACCCUACGGCGACCAAAAAAGACGUCACAAAUGCCUUACGCAUUUACCACGGACUGCAGCACCGAAUGGAAGAGUACGUGUUCAACGAUGGCAGCACGAAAAUGUUACUCAAUCUUCAUGGUACUAUACCGGUAAAGUAUAAGGGCAACACGUACAACAUUCCCAUCUGCAUCUGGCUUAUGGAUACACACCCGAAGAAUGCUCCUAUUUGCUACGUCAAACCAACGUCCGAAAUGCGCAUCAAGGUGUCGGCGUAUGUUGAUUUCAAUGGAAAGAUCUAUUUGCCCUAUCUGCACGAUUGGAACCCGAAAAAUGCCGACCUACUGGAUCUUAUUCAAAUCAUGAGCGUCACGUUUGGCGAAGUGCCUCCAGUGUAUUCCAAAGGACCAGAAGCAUCGUAUCAGCAGCCAUCUUAUAUGCCACCGACGCAGGCCACCAGUACCUCUUACAUACCUCCAUACCCAACACAACAAUUCGCUCCGUAUCCAGUGGCAGGGCCAGGGUACAAUAGCUACGGACAACCCGCGCCCGGUGCUGCCGGUCCCGGUUAUGGAUUGCCUUACGGGAUGCCGACCUAUCCGCCAGCACCAGGCACAAUAGCUGGAUCUACACCAGCCGUGAAUCAAGGUACUGGAACGAUCACAGAAGAACAUAUCCGGGCAUCGCUAAUAAGUGCCGUAGAAGAUAAGCUGAAGCGACGGGUACAGGAAAAAGUAAACCAGUGUCAGGCUGAGGUACAGACGCUUAAACGAACACAGCAAGAGCUAAACGAGGGUCAAGUCAAGAUUAAGGACAUUCUCGCGCGGCUCGAACGCGACGAGAAGGAAUUGACGAAGAGCAUCACCGUGCUAAAAGAUAAGGAAAAGGAGCUGGAACGUGCUCUGGAGUCGUUGGAUAAUGUUGAAUCGAUUGAUGUCGACGAAGCGGUCACCACCACUGCCCCACUUUACAAACAAUUAUUGAAUGCCUACGCCGAAGAAGCCGCCAUAGAGGACGCAACCUACUUUAUGGGUGAAGCCCUUCGCAGCGGAGUGAUUGAUCUGGAAGUGUUCCUGAAGCAGAUUCGGCAGCUAUCGCGAAAACAGUUUAUGCUGCGUGCCCUUAUGCAAAAGUGUCGGCAAAAGGGGGGCUUUAGCGUUUAAUUCUGUGUGCGACCCGGGAUCGUGAUUUGUGACGGAAGUACUCGAAAGAGUACUCAUCGUCCAACUAUAUAUGCUUGUUUUCCGUUCUGUGUAUCUCUCCUGUGCCUAUUUCCUUUUUGAUUGCGUUAGGUUGCGCAGCGCACCUAUUAUUUUCAUCGUCUAUCAUGAUAUUAUAGCCCUCUCAUUCGUUUCGUGCUAUAUCGAGUAUAAUAAAGCUUACACAUUUUAA